UAAGUAUUUCUUGUUUAUUGUUGAGUGUUUUUCAGUUACAAUUUUAAAUACAGUCUGCUUGUUUCGAUGUAUUUUUUUAAUACUGGGGAUCAGCAAUAUGUUCCAGGAUUAUUAAAAAGGCGCCAAACAAUUCAGAAACAAUGAGUCCUUCAAAGAAUGGGCGCAAAAUUAAAAUGAACCAAUCAAUCAUUGAGAAUCUGCACUAGACCCAAUGAGGAACAUAAACCCGCCCUAAGUGUCUCAUAGCCUAUCAGGGCAGCUCAGUUCCUCUAUAUAGUCUCUGGUAGCGGCUGCUUUAUAUCAUAUUGUAUAUUGUUAUAUACUGUGUGGAAGAGCUUGAAGAUGGCAAGAACGAAGCAGACAGCUCGUAAAUCCACCGGUGGAAAGGCGCCUAGGAAGCAGCUCGCUACCAAAGCUGCCCGAAAGAGCGCUCCCGCUACCGGCGGCGUGAAGAAGCCUCACCGUUACAGGCCCGGCACUGUGGCGCUGAGAGAGAUCCGCCGCUAUCAGAAAUCCACCGAGCUGCUGAUCCGCAAACUGCCCUUCCAGCGACUGGUCAGAGAAAUCGCUCAGGAUUUCAAGACUGACCUGCGCUUCCAGAGCUCCGCUGUCAUGGCGCUGCAAGAGGCUAGCGAGGCUUACCUGGUCGGGCUCUUUGAGGACACCAAUUAUUGUAUUGUUGUAAAGAUGUCUGGUCGUGGUAAGGGAGGUAAAGGACUCGGGAAAGGAGGCGCUAAGCGUCAUCGCAAAGUGCUCCGUGAUAAUAUCCAAGGCAUUACUAAGCCUGCUAUCCGCCGCCUGGCUCGCCGCGGAGGAGUGAAGCGAAUCUCCGGGCUGAUCUAUGAAGAGACCCGCGGGGUGCUGAAGGUGUUCCUGGAGAAUGUGAUCCGGGAUGCCGUCACCUACACUGAGCACGCCAAGAGAAAGACCGUCACCGCUAUGGAUGUGGUGUACGCUCUGAAGCGCCAGGGGCGCACUCUCUACGGGUUCGGGGGCUAGAGAUUUGGACGCGAAACACGAACACAAAGGCUCUUUUAAGAGCCGCCCACCAUUUCAUUUGAGGAGCUUUGAAUUCUAAAUCAAACUACACUUAAAGCAGCGAAAUGUUUAAAAUGGAAGAAACACAUGUUUAUGAAGAAUGUUUUACGUUGUUGAUUAAUAGGCUUUUGGUUUCAAUGUAUUUGUUUAACUCGGUAACCGGUGUUAGAUUUCUGUAGCCCCUAAACACAGAUCUGAAUCUUUUAAUAAACGUUUAAGCUUGUAAGUGAAUCUGUUGAAUGGAAUAAAAUGAAAAGUAACCCUUAGUGUUAACAAUGAUUAAAUACGAGCUCAGUUAA